GAGCUGCGCAGGCGCAGGCGCCAUAGUGAAGGAAAGCGCAGGGUUUGCGGUUCUCCGAGAGUAGCGCGCACGAGACGUCGUCCCCGCGCGGAGCGUUUUUUUUUUUUUUUCCUUUGCGCCGUCCUUGCUGUCUUGCGAACCAAGCGGCCGUCAUGCUCUGUCGCUUGGCUGUUGCGGCCGGCCGCAGAAAUAACACUGUGCUGAUUACAUCUCUUGGUUGUCUGGCCUCCAGAAAAAAACACACUCUCCCUGACUUGCCCUACGAUUAUGGUGCUUUGCAACCACAUAUUAAUGCAGAAAUUAUGCAGCUUCACCACAGCAAACAUCAUGCUGCAUAUGUAAAUAAUCUGAAUAUUGCUGAAGAAAAAUACAAAGAGGCUUUGACAAAAGGGGAUGUAACGGCCCAGGUAUCUCUUCAGCCGGCUUUGAAGUUCAAUGGGGGAGGUCACAUUAAUCAUAGUAUCUUUUGGACAAAUCUUUCUCCUAAAGGUGGAGGAGAGCCGAAAGGGGAGCUUUUGGAAGCCAUUAAAUGUGAUUUUGGCUCAUUUGCAAAUUUUAAGGAGAAACUCACAGCUAUUUCAGUUGGUGUCCAAGGCUCAGGCUGGGGAUGGCUCGGUUUUAAUAAAGAAUCUAAUAGACUCCAGAUUGCUGCCUGUUCCAAUCAGGACCCUCUCCAGGGAACCACAGGACUUAUUCCACUGUUGGGAAUUGAUGUAUGGGAACAUGCAUAUUAUCUUCAAUAUAAAAAUGUUAGACCUGACUAUCUCAAAGCUAUCUGGAAUGUGAUCAACUGGGAAAAUGUAUCUUCAAGAUAUACAGCUUGCAAAUAAUAGAACAGAAAAUCUUAUAGAAACAAGACCUAUGUGUUCCUCAGAUUAUUUUCAUAAUAUUUAGCAGUUCAAUUGCUAAUUGCACAUCACCAGAAAGUCUUCACUAUCAAGCUAAUUUGUACCUAAUCGUGGUAAAACUAGGUUCUGAAAGUGCUACUUAUCUAAUUUUCUAAAAGAAUGUAAAUUUCUAAAACUUAAAAAUGGAUUACAAAUGAAAUUUGUAACGUGAAUUUGCAAUGCUUUUGAAUAUUUUCUUGCAAAUUGAGGAAGAGUUCAGGAAAUAAAAUUUAGAGAACAUUUAAUAAACUAGAUUUCUUGAAAAGUUAUGUACGAAGAGCUUCGCAGUACUUGAGCAAGUUAUACUGUUAUACUCAUGUUAACGAUAAAAAUUUGGCAUGUUCAUUAUAGCAAAGAUUCAAAAUCUGUCAGUUGGUAAAUAUAGUAGAUUAGUUCAUGAAAUUUAUGCUUCUGAAAGGGGGAAAAUCAGUGAUGCAAUAUAAUGUACCAAGUAUAUAUGAUAAAUUGGUUGGAUUAAAAGUGUACUUGCACUUUGUGUCUUCAAGUGAAAUAUAUCCAUUCAUUGCUAUGUCUACUA